UAAGAUUAACCUGAAAUUAAUAGUAUGAAUGUUGACCCUAAUUCAAUGUAUACAGAGGAUUCUAUGGUUAUGAAUGACAAUUUAGAAAACUCUAUGCCUGAAUAAGACUCUAUGUAUAGCAUUAAUGAUCCAAAUGAUAUUAAUGCUGUUGAACCAACCUAAUAAAUUGUGGAAGAAGCAUUAGCUACAGAAAGCAAUGAAGUUUCUAAUUUAGCAGAUGUUAAUUCAGAGGUUGUCAAUGAAAUUCAAAACACUAAUUUUAUUGCAGAAUCAAAUGAAAUAACUCAAGUUGAUCCAAAUUAUAUUGAUCCAAAUAAUCUUGCAAUACCAUAAGAUAAUCAAAUUGAUGUUUAAAAUAUUUUAGAAUCAAAUGUUGGAUUUACUACUGAGACUAAUAUUUCAAACACUUUAAGUUAAAAUGAAGUUGAUCCAAAUAUGGCAUUUGAAGUUCUUACAAAUACAGAUAAUUUAUAAUCAUCUUCAGAUAUGGAAAAUGGUUUUGCUUAAAGUGAAGUUAGUGUUGAUAAAUCAAAUGUUAAAAAGAUUCCAGACACUAAAAAUGAUGAAGAUCAAGAUUAGGAUUCAGGCUAAGGAGAGGAAAAACCAGAAGAAGAAUAAGGAUAACAGCAAACAGGUAUAAAUAAUAAUUCAUAUUAAGGAGACUAAAAUGCAACAGGAUAAGGCAAUGGAGAUGCUACAGUUUAAGGUGAUGGCAGUACUCCAGGAUAAGGGGAUGGCAAUGCUAGUGCAUAAGAAGAUGGCAGCUCUACUGGACAAGGGCAAGAAAAUGCUACUGGAUAAGGAUAAGAUGAUGGAUAAGGAUAAGGAGAUGGAUAAGGAUAAGAUGAUGGACAACGAUAAGAUGAUGGAUAAGGAUAAGGAUAAGGAUAAGGAGAUGCUACAGGAUUUGGACAUGGAUAAGGAUAAGGAGAUGCAACUGGAUAAGGAUAAGGUGAUGAAGAUGCUAAUGGUUAAGGACAAGGACAAGGACAAGGACAAGGACAAGGACAAGGACAAGGACAAGGACAAGGACAAGGACAAGGACAAGGACAAGGACAAGGACAAGGAUAAGGAUAAGGAUAAGGAGAUGAAUAAGGAUAAGGUGAUGAAUAAGGAUAAGGAGAUGAAUAAGGAUAAGGAUAAGGAGAUGAAUAAGGAUAAGGAUAAGGUGAUGAAUAAGGAUAAGGAUAAGGUGAUGAAUAAGGAUAAGGAUAAGGAGAUGAAUAAGGAUAAGUUGAUGAAUAAGGAUAAGUUGAUGGCGAUGCUAAUGGCUAAGGAUAAGGAUAAGAUAAUGGUGAUUCUAAUGGGUAAGGAUAAGGAGAUGACCAUGGCAAUUAAGGCGACUAGAAUUAAUAAAAGCAAGAUGGUAAUUAUAAAGAUUUAUAAAAAGAUCUUAAAGCAGUAGAUUCUACCACUAGUAAACAAUUAGUUUAAGGAAAUUGCAUAAUUAUUUAUUCUUAAUGUAACUUCAAGGGAGAAGCUUUAGAAGCUUGUAACAGUUUAAGUGAAAUUGAGUAUUUUAUAAUAAAUAUUUUAGGGAAUUCAAGGCUUAAAUUAGAUCAAUAUAUAUACCUGAUGGAUUGGGUUUGACAGUUUAUGAUGGUGAGAACUUCACUGGAAACAUGCAUAAAUUCAAAUCAUCUUAAGAAUGUUUAACAACCCCAUUAUCAUUUGCAUAAUUAGCCAAUUCAGGAAAUUCUUUGAGAGGACAAAAUUUGAGAUCUAGAUAAUGA